AUAGAAACACGCGAAAUGUUAAAGCUCUUGUGCCUUAUUAUUUCUUGUGCUGCAACAGCACUUGUGGAACCAGAAUGUUCUAGGUUUCACUAUGAAGAGAAAACGCUCGAAAAAAUGGUGCGCCUCGAAUUCCUCGUGGAACAAUUUAAAGAGGAGAUGAACAACUUCAGAAGAGAAAAAGAUGAAACUUUUACUGAGAUCAGGAACGAAGUUGCUAGUGAAGUGACCAAAGCUAAAGAGUCGGUUGAGGCUGACAAAGAAACACUUGCACGUGCGCUGUCAGAUCUGCAGAUGGUGAACAACAACUUGACGGCGCAAGCUUCUAAAGCUAUAGAGCAUCUUCAAGAUGCCAAAAAGAGGGUAUCAUUCAGCGCAAAAACAGUCGAAAGCAAAUCUUCGUCUUAUGGUGAAGUCAUCAUUUUCUCUGAAACGGUUCAAGAUACCGAUUGUGCAUACAAUAACAAAAGUGGCAAAUUUGUCGUUCCCGUACCUGGCACCUACGUGUUUACAACACAUCUGUGUGUUUAUAGUGGUAAUACGAUUUAUUUUGCAAUAAGACAUAAUGUGGAUGUUGUUGCAAGAUCGUCCGUUUUUAAUUCUGCUAACUGCAAUACGCUAGAAACAAUUAGAAACGUUAAUACAGGACAUGAAGUGUACGUUACUUAUGAGAUAAGCGGUCACAAGGUCUAUCCAGAUGAUAGCACGCGGUGGAAUACAUUUUCUGGGAGACUCAUCUAUGACAUGCCAUAGAGAUACUUCAUGUAUUUCUAGUCAUAACAUAUCGCUGACGUCAGAGAAACGUGAUGUUCAGUGUGUCUUUGGACUGAUUCAGCCUGAUAUUUCAUGCCAAAUAAUUACUAAAUGUAAUUACGGUUGUCUACUUGGCUGAAUAAGUCAGAUUAUCUGAUGAAGCUACUGGAUAUAAGGAAUAUCUUUGGCUGUAAAGAGCGUGUAGCGAACUGUCUGAGUGUGUUGAUUUAUAAAUAUAUGUACGUGUAGUAUCACAAACAAAUAUUUUUUAUGCUUGCCAAAUACAUAAUAACGCAACUGAUUUUAUGUUGAUUUUAAUGUUGAAUUGGCUUUAGCCAUUUCAGAUAUGCGACAUUGUCUGCAAAUUAAAAUAAGUCAUGUUUAGAAAAAAGGGACAUUUCCAUUCGUAACAUUAAUGAACUACAUGUAUUUUGAAGAGAUUCCCAUUUAAAUGUUUACACAUCACGAUCGAAUGUUUCGUUUUUUCCAAUCGUAUCACAUACAAAGAGUCCGCCUUGUCUUCCAAAAAGACUUCUGUUUGCUGACGACGUAACCUAUACAAAUGCUUUUUUGUGACCAUUUAAAUGUGCAACUUAGACUAGAGAUAACCUACGCACAACUUAUGUAAGUUUUAUACAAUUGGCGGUUGAUUAUUAAAUAUUUACAGCAAUAUGUAAAACAAAAACAUUUUGGGCGAAAAGUAGUUUUAUUUGAUGUAUAUAUUGUGCAAGCUUGCAACGUAGUUUUUAAGUUAAAACUAUAAAAAACUUAAUUCGUUCUUUCUAAAAUUGUCUAUGCUUUUUGGUGAAACAUGGAGUCUAAUCAGUAAAAUAACAGCAGUAAAAAUAUCAAAAUAUUAUUUGGAUAUUUUCACUGUAACUUAAGAAGUGUAAAUAUCAAGUAUAAGAAUGUAAUGGAUGAACCGUAUUUACAAUAAUAUGUUUGAAUGAUAUGAUAAUGUAUUGUACUUGCUUUUGGGGUUGGUUUGUCUAUUCGUUAUGAUUGAUGUAUUUUGUAAAUAAAAUGUAAAUAUGUAAACGAAUUCUUUGUUAUCAUCAGGGGUAUCUUGGCGUUACAACGAACUACUUUUAAAAUCAAUUGUAGUUACUUCCCUUCGAUCUAAACUGAGAACCCCACUUUUAAAUCAGUAGAAUACGUCGAGAUUUAUAGUAUGAUAUCAAAAAAAAGAUUGCAUUUGUUAAGUAAACAUUGUUUGAGAAAAGAACACAACUUACCGUUUAUAA